AUGUUGAGAAGUGCGUUCGUCGUAGGUGCGUCCGGAGCUGUUGGAAAACAAUUAGUUGACGCAUUGGUUUCAUCUCGUCAAUUCAAAAAAAUUCUCAUUAUCGGCAGAAGAGAAAUUCAAUUGAAUCACGAGAAUGUGGAACAAAAAGUAAUUGACUUCGACGCCAUUGAAAACCAUGCUGAUAUUUUCAAAGAUAUUGAUGUUGGAUUUUGUGCUCUUGGAACGACUCGUGCUAAAUCAGGGAAAGUGAGUUCUUUACUACCAGUUCACACUGUUUUCUUAAUAUCUAUUGCUUUCCCUUUUUUUGAUAUAGUAGAGAUAACAGCCAACUGCUAG